AUGACGAAAACGAAGUGGGGUUACAAGAAGUGCUCGAGCAUUGUUUUCCGCGGAGUCGAGUCGCGUACUCGAUUGGUUCCUGAGAUGUCCUCGAGCCACGGCCAAUCGAGAGCUCCUUUUUUGGUGCGUCUUAGCCGCGGGCUCAGCUUUUGCCAAUGGGUCGCGAGGAAUGACUCCCACCAGUCUAUUUGCACUUUCCUCUUGAAAAUUUCUGAACAUCUUCAAAGAAAAUGUGGCAAAAAUUUGGGCUUACAAAGGAGAAGAUUUCACCGUCUGCUUUCAAAUCUUCGGCGGGGACUUUUCGAUUUAUCAUAGAAUAUUUGAGAUCAAAUUUCCAGUUUAUGAAAUGAAAUUGAAACUUCAAAUGUUCUGUUUUCACAAUUUGAGACGGUUUUUUUCGACUUUGAGAAAAUCUUUUUUUGUGAAUCCCAGAAAUAAAUUAAAACCUAUAGUGAAACGAUUGACUAUCCUGAUUUUUUGGUGAUUUUUUUGCCGUUAAGCUUUAUUUUGAAUUAUGAUUUGUGUUUGAUAAAAUUUUAUCGUCUCUUUAAACUAUAACUCAAGUGAAGUUUAAUUACAUCAGGACUUGAAAAAAUAAUUUCAUAGACAAAAGUCGAACUGAACACAAAAUUUGAAGUUGAUUUCCGUGAAACUUUCACGUAAAAAGAAUUUUUUUCAUUCAGAAAAUUCAACUAUUUUCCUAUGCCUUUAUUUGAAAUUUUUUUGUUCUUCGGUUCGUUGUCAAUCACUCCGACAUUUUUUUGGCCACCAAUUCGUUUUCAAUCAUUAUAAAUUAUGUGUACUUUCAGGCCGCCACGACGUCAUCUUCUAGCAUGCAACUCGAUUUAUUGCAACAUGACGAGGUCAGAACAUUUCUCCUUAUAUUCACAGUAUCUUCUUUCUAUCUUCUAAAAAUAUUCACCAAAAAUAGGAGGAAGACAUAACUUAGGAAAACAGAAUUUUUUUAAAGCUUUUUUUCGUAAAUUAUAGCCGCCCGCUUUGAAUUAUUCACGUUGACCGGGCAACAUUUGAGAGGUUUGACUAGUCUGACUCAAUUCCUACCUACUGCAAUGUCGCACUCACCUAGACAAAGAGCCGACUUCAAGGUAAUUUCGUCUUUUAUUUUUAGGUAAAUUUUUCUAAAUUUUUUUUCUUUUUAGAAUUCGAAAGUUCCGAAUUGAACGAUGUUCAGGAUAAAAAAAGAUGAAGUAAAAGGAAAAAAACUUUCAAAAAUUUCUUAUUUUUUUCAACGGUAUUUCAGUCGUGAAGGGUAUGAAAAAAAGUCAGUGUUCAAAAGCUUGAAUUCCUAGGGAAAUAAUUUUUUAAGCAAGGUGAAUUGUUCGUGAAUUGGGAGUGAAGGCUUCGAAAUUUCUAACGGAAGUUCCUGUUUCAAGUUUAAAAAGAGUAUCGAGCUUUUUUUACUUGCUGUCACGUCCCUAAAUUUGACAAUUUCUAAUGUUUUUUUGGAAAUAUUUGAACGAGAGUUACUGUUUUGAAAUUAAUUUAUACAUUUUUCUUAUUUUUUAAAUUUUUGAGAUGGUUUUUUUCAAAAAUUUUUCCUGAAAUCCUUUUUGAAUUUCAAAUUGGAACAUCUUCAGAAAAAUUUCAAAAAAUUUUGAAAGUUUAAGAUCAAUUCAAAACGCAUGGAUAUUGUCAAAAAAAAAUUACAACUCAUCAGAACUUCCAACGAAAAUAGAACUGUUUCUUUCGUAGAGACAAAAGCUUUGCUCUCCCAAAUUCAUACAAGUUUCCCCCAGUUUUCAGUGUCGAGCUGAGCUUUGACACUUUCCUGUUUCAUAACAUGGACACCUUCAUUAACAUUUAGGUUGGAUAGGAUGAACUUCCUCGUAUAAUUUUGCCUUUUUUGCUUUUUUUUUUCGAAGGGAAAGUUGGAUUUCUGCGCUAUCAAGGGCAGAGGUACUUGGGCAAAUGGGGAAAAUUUCGAACCUAAAAAGGCGUUCCGUUUUCAGAGCGUCCCAGGCAUCCUCUGAAAUUUUUUUUUAGCAACCGCCAUUUACCUCAUGUUUCGUUCAAUUCCGUGAUUUUUGAAAAUUUGAACCUCAAAGCUUGGAAUUUUUUUUUACAGUCUCCUUGAUGAAGAGAAACAUUUUUAAGUAAAAAAAAAACACAUUCAAUCAUUGAAGCGCAAACAUUUUUCGACGUCACUGGUCUCCAGUUUGAAAGUUUUUCUUAUCACAUUUACCAUUCAAAUGUUUCAGAUUUUAGUGAAAAUUUGGAUAGAAAAAAAUUUCUGGACCUCGUUAUACAAGAUCCUGGUAGUCAAAACAGUAUCAAAUCCUUAUUUUUUGCUAGCGGCUGAGUUUUUCCAAAAAAAGCUUCUUAGCAAAUGAAGAAAAAUAUUUAACUUUAACUUAAAAAACUUUAUCUAGUUACUUCAAUGUUUUCUCUGUCGAAUCUCAGAAGAACCUGGAGUUUGAGUAAAAUGACCUCUAGGAUCGCUUUUUUGAAAACUACUUCAAUCUUUUUUCGAGGUCAGAAGCGGUUGAAGAUCCGAUUAUUCAUUAAGAAGUUUCUUGUUUCAAGAUGACAAUUCGACGAAAUUUUCUAAGAGGAAACCAUUUCAAGUACUCUUCCUCCUAAAAAAAUUUCAGGUUGUCUUGAAAUCUUUGAAUUAUUUAUUUGUGACGUCUGAGGAAGAUUUUUUUGGAAACCUAAGUCACAUUUUUUUCGAUUUUUUUAUCAUACUUUUUGGGAAGAAAUUGAAAAUGUUUCUUAAAAUAUUAUUCCAAGUUAUCAAAGUAAAACUUUCUUUUUUUAAUUUUAUUCAGAAAGGAAUUGCAUUCAAAAAAAUCGUACCAAAAAUUUUGAAAAGAGUUUAGAAUGUUCCUAACCUUGAGGUAGUUACUUUUCUGAAGGUUUCCUAUCCUUCUUUGUAAUCCCCCUGCUUUUUUAAGUCAAAAAUGGAAAGCCUAAAUAAUUUCACAUAAAACUGUUUUCAACUUUUUCAAACCGCUUUUUCGGGCUCAGUCAUUUUAUUUACACUGAUAAUUUAUAAAUGGGAACCUCCCAGAAGCUGAAAAACCACUUUAAUCCGAUUAAAGCUCUUUACUGAUUCAAAUACUUGUCGGAAUGACUAACUUUCCACAAAUUUCCUUUCAUUAUUUAGGUUUAAAAUUUUUUUUCUGGGUAUUUAUCUUUUUAAAUCCUUCUUACCGUGUUUCAUUAGUGUAAGCCAAAAAAUAACAGAACGAUAGACUUUUCAAAGUAAGUCUAUCAUCAGCAAAAGUGAUAAAAGUUUUGUAAGUCCUUUCGGAACGCAGAACCGAGAUUUUCUACGAUUUAUUAUUCAUUAUCUCCUGAAAAGGUGCUGCAUCUUUGGAGCGAACAAAGAAAUUCCAGAAACAUUUAAUUUUUCAGCUUCAGUUUUGAUUUAGCUACGUUUUUGCUUAGACCACUGAUAAUCACGCGCCUCCCAGGAGAGGAAAUGACGUUUAUUAAUUCGAUUAUAAUUCGAAAAAAACGAAUAGUUUUAAUUGAAAGUCGCAUCAUAUGACGAAUUUCUUCCCAGAAUCCACAUCUAAUAAGUACCUGCUUUCAGAUUUAUUCUCUUUUUCUCCCAUUUUAUUUGAAAAUUUAUUUGUUUCGCAUCAAAAAAAACGCUGACGUGAAUUGAAAGAUAUAUUAAAAAUGAGUGCGCAAGUCAUAAUUUCAAACCAAAGACCAAAAAUUGGAGCGUAGAUCUAAUAAGAUGAGUGAUGAGCCGAAUUUCUUGGUUGCCAGUCAACCGCAGAAGCUUGCGCUUCUUCAAUUUCCCACUUCGAAGUGUUUGCAUUCACUUUAAAGCUCUCCUUAGGAAGUUUCCAAAAAGUUCUCAAAUUGAAAUUCGCUCCGAAGAACAAGCUAUUUUUGUUAUUUAACUUGCAGCAGAACAUUCUUUGGCCGUUGUGUUUAUGAUGUUUUUACCCAGGUCCUCAAAGUGGAAGGUUUAAAUCCCUGUGAGAGUGAGGAAAAAGUUUUCCAAGAGCUUGGAACUUCUUUCCGAGCUCUUCCUCGUCGUUUCUCCUUUUUUUUCCAAAAUUUCUGUCUCCUCUCAAUAGAUCUUAUGACUUAUAAAAAUAGUCCCACUUUGUCAUUCUACUAAGGGCAUGUAAUAGAAAUUCGAGAUUGUUUGAAUAUCAAGUGUGAUGUUGGAAAACCGUUGGCACGCAUUUCUACACAAAGCUAUGCAUUUCAGGAAAAAAAACACAAACACACAAAACAUGUCCAAAAGGGUUUUCGACGUGUCAUUUCGAAAUUUCAGACAGAAUCGCCUCUCUUCUUCUCAAAUUUUGGCCACUUCUCGAUUUCACAAAUGAUUUAUACUUUUCGCGUCGUAUUAUUCUGGAAAUUUUCUAAAGUUCUACUUUCUCGCAAAUCCUUUCCAAUUUUCGUCUUUAUCAAAAUAUCGAAAUUCACGAAAACCUUCACCAGGGAACUUUUUUUACCCCCGGUUGAACUUUUUGCUGAAACUUUGCUGAAGUUCACUUCAGGAUCCCUGAUGCCAGAACAAGAAAAAAGUUCCUCGCAAUAGAUCUUGUUUCCGAGUUAGGGAGCUAUGUAAAUUAUGACAAAAAAGCGCUGUCUUUUGAAGUGUCCUAACUCAAAAAUGAUAUUUAUUGCGAAUUUCUCAGCCAGAAAACCUCUGAAAAGUUUUCGAAUCCUUUUUUUCUGAAGUCAAACGUUUAUUAUCAAGAUCUUGACGCUUCAGAAGGCUCAAAACAUUCCUAUCAAUACACCAUUCUUACCUUUUCUCCUGUGGGGCGAGUAGCUUAAGAUCGGCUGUCCCAAAUAAACUAAUUGAAAUUUUCACUAUUUGAGCCAUUCACGUGCGGUCAUCAUUUCACAAGAAGAGAGAAUAAAAAAACUGAUUGACGAAAAUCUUCUCGAAACAAACUUUCUGCUUUUCUUUUCAUGAAAAAGUUAUCUCACUUUUUAUGGAAUUACUUUCGGAGUUAUCUGAAACUUUCACUCCAAAAAACACGAAAACCUCAACCUUACGAUUAUACAUCUAAACGAAGUGAAACAAUGUUUCCAAACAGUUUUUGAAUACCUGAUGAUAAUUCAAUAUUCUAUUGGAAUAGAUGUUUUUAACUCCACUGUUUUAAAUUUUGAAUUUUGGAAAUGAAAUAACGUUCAGAUGAGCGUCUCGUCAUCUUCUCAAAGAUUGGCUCCACCACGUUCGCUUCGAAGAUGCCGUUCAGCUUCUCCAUCUCCGGUAGUUCGUCUCCCGAUUCUCAACUCUGAACGCCAGAAUCUUCUUAAGUAGGAGAACUAUUAGUACAGUGUUAUCAUCAAUUGCAAUUCCAGAAAGUCCUGGAACCGAGUCCCACGGCAGUCGUUUGGAAAAUCAGUACUUCAAGGAAUGGGAGCUCAUGCCGGGGGCCGAUUUUUCGUCGACGAUCCUUCUGGAGAACAACGACACGCCAAACAUUUUGUCGAGCUUAUUCAGGUGAGUGCAUUUAUGUAGAAGAAAAUUGGAAACGUUUCAUUUUCUCAAUGAAAGUUCAGUUUUGAGUUUGGAACGAUUCUGUAGAAGUAUUUUGAAAAAUCGCUUCUGCAAAGUAAACUGGCUGUUUCAGUCGUUUAAUAUAGUUCAUGGUCUUUGAACUUGAAAGCAUUCCUUUCACUUCUGAAAUAAUGAUUAAUCGAAAUUUUAAAACUUAAGAUUUUAAAAAUAAACUUUUUAAAUUCUCACUUCAACAACUUAUGGAUUACAAAGAGACCCUUGAAGAUCAAACUUCUGAUUUUUCUAUUUUUUUUGAGAAAUUUUCAUCAUUUCAGUCGUGCAUCGACAACUUGUCGGACCUGGAGUCCGGUCUCAAACCCUGGCUGGACGUCAUUGGCCGAGGUCAUGUUGGUUUCAGUGUCACGUAAGUUAUUUUUAGGUCUUGCAAUAUUCAAACUCAUUCAAUUUGAAUUUUUUUCAGCUGAGCUGGAGUGAUUUUCAUGUUCAUCGAGCUUCUUUUCAUUUCAAAAAACAGAAACUCGAAAUCAAACUUUUUAUUUUAUUUUUUGCUGAACGAGAAAAUCAUUAUCACACACUUAAUGAGAAAUUUGAAAAACUCUCAUUUUUUGAAUGUUCCGAUUCUUUCUUCAUACCGUAGGCCUAGAGAUAAAUUCAGAGAAAGAAUAUUGGUUUCUGUAAAUCAUCUGCGGCGUCGCCAGCUAGCGCUCAAUAAAUAAUACCAAAUAUGGCACGUCGUAAAAAUGGAAAAAAAGACGUUUGCGCAGGAAAUUUAUAGCUUUUCAACCGAAAAUUUCUUUCUUCUUUCUGUUUGAAACACCUUCCUAUUUUGAAAUUUGAUAAAUGACUUGUACGAAGCAAACUUUUAUAGAACAAAUGAAUUAUUUCUCUUUGGUUGAGAAUUUCCUUAAAAUUUGCCAGUGUAGGCAUUGCUGUUAGAAAUGAAGAUUCUGAUGGUUUCAGGCUCCAAAAUUGCUAAGUUUUAGCAAGAAAAUUGCCUGAACGGUUCGAAAGAGAACAUAUCUUGCACAAUUUUGAAAUUUUCUACGAAUUCGGAACCUUCUCGCUUGAAAACCAUGAUAUUUUGCAGCUUGAGGCGGCUCAAUUGAAAGUUCUCGAACAAAGUGUUAAAAUAACCUUCCUCACAAGAUCCUCUUCGAAACAGAAACAUAUAUUUCAGAGCCAAGCACUGGGAAUACUUCGGAGAAUCGGUCCUUGCAAGUGUUUCCGAGUGGGUCAAACCAGGUCGACAGCAUAAAGAGACCAUCAAGGCUUGGAUGGUCAGCUAUCAGAAGAAAUUUUAAAGAAAUCAUGUUCUUCCAGUUGCUCUCUUCGUUCCUGGCCGACCGUCUGAGUGCCGCAUCGCGAGCCGCGCCGCACUCUCCCAUGAUAUCCCCGAGAGUACAACUUAUGACUUUCACUCACUCUUAA